GGCGGGGGCAGCGGCGCUCAAAGGGCUGCGUCCGCCAAGAAUUGGACAGCUGAGCAAAGGUGCAAGAAAAGAGGGGGAGGGGGAGCCGAAGGACGAAGACGGCUGGACCGGAGCGGCCUCCCCCUCCCCGAAGUCGGUGGUGCCUUAGCCGCUGGGAAUCGGGGCUGCAGCCUCUGCAGCUGGAUUUCCCACUCUGACAGGCGCCAUUUUACCGCCCAAAGGGUUCCCUCCGCCUUUCUUCCCCCCUCCUCUUCCCCUCUGACACUACUUCCGGUGGUGACGUGUAUUCGCUUUACCGGGACUUCAGUUCCCCUAGGAGCCUCCCUGGCAACGUUGAAUGUGACCGCCUCGCUCCGGUUUUUAGUGGGUGGGAAACCUGAGUGCUCCGCCCCUUUCGCUUGAAGGAGGCGGUGCAGCGGUCAUGACGCCAUCAAAGGGCGUCGGAGGAGUGAGCGCGACGCCAGUUGAAGAUGUUGGAGUCAGUUUUGGCUUUUGGUGGUCUGGUGCUCCUUCGGGACUCGGUGGAGUGGGAGGGGCGCAGUCUGCUGAAAGCACUUAUCAAGAAAUCUGCACUGUGUGGGGAGCAAGUCCAUAUUCUGGGCUGUGAAGUGAGCGAGCAAGAGUUUCGUGAAGGGUUUGACUCCAACAUCAACAGCCGGUUGGUUUACCAUGAUUUCUUCAAAGACCCUCUCAACUGGUUGAAAACUGGGGAAUCUUUUCCCAAUGCCCUGGGAACAUUGAGAGCCAUGUGCAAGAGGACAGAUCCUGGUCCUGUCACCAUUGCACUUGAUUCACUCAGCUGGCUGCUGCUUCACCUCUCCUGUGCCUCACUUUGCCAGACCCUGCAUACUCUAAGCCAUCAGGACUCCUGCCCUGGUGGCAGCUCCCCAGUGGGACAGGUACGUGUGCUAGGCCUAUUACAUGAAGAGCUUCAUGGCCCAGGCCCCGUGGGAGCAUUGAGCAGCCUUGCUCAAACUGAGGUGACCCUGAGAGGUACAGCAGGACAGACCUCAGCCCACAUCCUCUAUCGGAGGCACCAACAGCGCCCAACCCAUCAGAUUCAGUGGUUCUGCAUCUUGCCUGACUUCAGUUUGGAUCUUCAAGGAGGACCACCCCUAGAAUCCCAGGACCACCUAGAUCUUCACAGACUCCAGGUGGACCCCACAACUCAUUUGACCUUUAACCUUCACCUGUCCAAGGAAGAGAAAGAAGCCAAAGAUAACCUGACCCUGCCCUUCCAGUUCAGCUCUGAAAAGCAGCAGACUCUACUGCAACCUACACCAGGCCGAGCUAUUAGCCAUAUCUACUAUGAACCAGAUGCUUAUGACGACCUGGACCAAGAAGACCCAGAUGAUGACCUAGAUGUUUGACUGGCUAGGAAAUUUGAUUAGAUCAUAACUAGACAGGAAGGAGGAAGACCUUGGGCCCAUGACUAUACUUCCAUUGUUUGGUUGGCCUUGCUUUGCCCCUGUCCCACCUUUGUUCUGUGUCUGUGGAGACCCUGCCCUAUGACCCAUGAGUCCAGAAUUACUGUCCAAUAGAACAGAAAGUGGGAUGGAGUUCACAGAAGACGAAAGAAAAAGAAACUUCCCCACACCUAAUAAAA